CCAUUGUACGUCCCCCUCCAUCAAUGUAAUUGCCAAUCACGAUUCGCUUCUGUGUGAAAUACAUGGCCUGCGCCUUGCUACUGCCUCUCACUAUACUCAUGAGCAAGCGAUGGCCUUGACUGCAGCAGUCUACCAAUUUCCGCUCGGAGUUGUGGAAGGGCACUGACCAGUGAAAGCUCUGGAGUAAGGACUACCGCCCUGAGUCGAAACCGCCGGGCGGGAUUCAGGCUCAUUUUAGCAAGAGAGAUGGGGCUUCGGGACCCGAAGGUCGCUUAGCGUGGGAAGCACUGCCCCACCGCCUCAAUCCCUUUUUCCCUCGUGGACGUGCGCAAACAUUUGAUCAUCGAGGAAUGAAGCUGAGCAGCUCGGACCGGAGACUUGAGGUGAGACUAGCCCGACGGAAGGCAGUAGGGACAACUUUGAAGUCUAUUCCGGACGUCAGCAUUCCUACUGCCGCACGAAGCAACGACCGGCGGAAAGGGGGAUGCCGGGUGCUGUGCUGCCGCCAUGGGGCGCCUUUGCUUUUCUUCCUUCGUCCGGCGGGCCUACUCUCUCUCAGCUGUCAGGUUUUGUGGGUGUGAUCGAUCUAUCCACUAGCGCCCUCGGUCAACACAAGCCAUACGCCGAUGCAUUGCAGCAGCAGCGAAAACGGGGAGCGAGCGAGCAAUGGAGGGGUCCAGCCCAGGGCAAGGCAAAACAUGGCAAUUCCGGGCAGCCGAGGAAGGUCGAGUGAGACGAGGAGGGAGAAGCAGUCUGCGAGCCUCGGGC